AUGAUGGGACCCAGUACAGAAAUCCGGGAGGGCUCGGCUCGACUCCUUGAUGCAGAGGCAGAGAUCCCAGAGGAUCGCCCGAGGUCCCAGAGUCUUGAGAGGGUCGCCCGGAAUUCGGAGAGCAAGAGGUCCGAUGGGGAGGGAGGCCUUAGCUAUCAGCGCAGCCUUGAUCCUCUGGAAGCCAACAUCUACUUGGAUUCCUUGUUUGGGCCCCUCUUCUACAAGCUGGACCGGAUAAGGACGGAGGGGAAGGCCGCAGCAGGCCCCAGGUUCUCCGACUACCGGCUCGUGAGUGUCUUCAUGUUGCUCAACAUCUUCACCCAGCUUUCCAUCGCCUUCAAGAUCUAUCAGGUGGGGGAUCAGACCUAUGGAUCCAUCAGGGACAGCUUGAUGGGCACUACAUGUUGGAGAGUGUCGCGCCACCCGGAACUUAUUGGACUUGUCUAUCCACGGAGUUGGGCAGGCUUGCAUGACCCCUGGGAUUCUGAUUUUGAUUGCACUCCGCCGGUGCUCACGCUGUCCAUUUUCCCUCACAGUUUGGAUACCAACAAUGAUGGGUUUUGGUCGGUCGAAGAAGUGAAGGAUCGGCAGGUGCUUAUUGAAAGCCUUGGGAGCACCAUGGCCAAGGAGAUCAACAACACCAUGUUCAACAUGGCCGUGUAUGAUGAGAAGAACCGUGACGGCUCGCGCAGUGUGUCCAAAGGCUCCCCGAGGCUGGACAUGGAUUUCUUCAAGCAUUACAAGGGGGAGAUCCAGGUGUGUGUCGCCAGCGACAAGAGCUUGUGUGGGAACCUCGCAGGCUCCGGUCAGCUUCAUGGCAUGGUCGAAGGCGCGCACAAUCAAGAGCGUGUAGACAAGUGCGCGAACAUUGUGGAGACCUUUUGCGAAAAGAUCUUCGGGACAGACUACGUGUGGAUCCAUCACCAGUUUCAGGAUAUUUGUGGCCAAGCAUCUUUCAAAAGAAGAGACGGAGUCAACAUCGUAAGCUAUGCUGCUGUCAAAACAUAUCGAGGAGCAGCUGAUUCGAUUCUCGGCCGUGUCUUCAUCACAUUCCUCGUCCUGCUGGUCUUUGUGUGGGUCAUGUUGAUGAUAAGUGAAUAUCGCAUGAUCUACAACUUCUUUUACGUGGUUUGGAAUACACGGUCAACCGACGACGCGGACCCCGACUUUGUGGCCCUAGCCGGCUCGAAGUUCACUGUGAUGAAGCUACCCAUCGGCCACAAGAUCUUCGCCUUGGCUUGCAUAGCUCUGCCACGGAUUGUGAUCGCCUCUGUGGUCCUGGUCGUUGGCUGCAGCUUUCUGGCGAUGACCAACAACUUGCUGGAUCUUGUGCUGAACAGCACGGCCCUUGGCUUCCUCAUUGAGGUGGACGACUUGAUCCACCAUGCCUUGUUAGGCAAAAACUUCGAGAUCCAAGUGAUGCGCCACUUCGAAGAAAUUUCCGUUGAAUGCCAAGUGCACGGAGCAUCCAGCUCCUACGCAGCUUUGAUUGUAUCGCUGCUGAUUACGGGAGUUUUCGUCACAUAUACAUACUUGCGCCCAAACGGAUUGCAAGAUGUUGGCUAUGGUGUGGAAUGUCUGUGUCACCUAGAAGGUAAUUGCUACGCACAGCGGCUGCUGCGCGGGGUAUAG